UUUUUGCCCCAUUCAAGAUGAAGAAAUAUAUUACAAACUUUGAAGCCUAUCCAUUGGUCAGAACCACUAUCUUAGAUAUUUUAGUCAUUGUUCUCUGAUCUCAUACGACUACAUAAUAUUUCCACCACACAUACAAACAUAUUUAUUUCACACUUAUAUGAUCCAGAUUCAUUGUAUACAUAAAAUUUGUGGCUUUUCUGGUCAAUUCAAGUAAGAUACAAGAAAAAUGGAGAAAAGAUGGAGUCUUCAAGGUAUGACUGCUCUUGUGACCGGUGGCUCUAAAGGCAUCGGGGAAGCUGUGGUGGAGGAAUUAUCAAUGUUGGGAGCAAGAGUCCACACAUGUGCAAGAGACGAAACUCAACUUCAAGAUAGCUUACGUAAAUGGCAAGCAAAAGGGUUUCAGGUUUCUACUUCUAUCUGCGAUGUUUCUUCUCGUGAGCAACGAGAGAAACUCAUUGAAACCGUUUCCUCUCUCUUCCAAGGAAAGCUCAACAUCCUUGUAAACAAUGCGGGAACGUUUAUAGACAAGCCUACUACAGAGUUUACAACAGAAGAAUACUCGUUUAUAAUGGCUACAAAUCUCGAGUCGGCUUUUCAUCUCUCACAGCUUGCUCAUCCUUUACUAAAAGCUUCAAGUUCUGGGAGCAUCGUGUUCAUUUCCUCUGUUUCUGGGGUUGUGCAUACCGGUUCAUCCAUCUAUGGAGCAACUAAAGGAGCUAUGAAUCAGCUGGGAAGAAACUUAGCAUGCGAGUGGGCAAGUGACAACAUAAGGGUUAACUCUGUGUGUCCAUGGGUCAUAGCAACUCCUUUAGUUGCCGAUAUACUCAGUGAUGAAAAGGUUAACAAAGCAGUGGAGAGCAGGACACCGAUGGGGCGUGUUGGAGAGGCAAAUGAAGUCUCAUCGCUUGUGGCAUUUCUAUGUCUUCAUGCAGCUUCUUAUAUAACAGGUCAAACUAUUUGCGUUGAUGGAGGUUUCACUAUUAACGGCUUUUCUUACAAGCCUCAGCACUAAACCGUUGAUUGUUUGUUUUUGUUUGAUUUGAAACUUAAGAAGAUUCAAUAUACAAUAAAUCAAUAAUGGUUUGAAACCUCGAUCUGUUAGCAAACCUUUGAAUGUCAACAGAAUAGAUGAUUUGGAUUUGUUAGCGUUAA